AUGCCGGUCCGAAGGGGCCAUGUGGCCCCUCAGAACACGUACCUGGACACCAUCAUCCGCAAAUUUGAAGGGCAAAACCGCAAGUUCCUCAUCGCCAAUGCCCAGAUGGAGAACUGUGCCAUCAUCUACUGCAAUGACGGCUUCUGUGAGAUGUUUGGUUACUCCCGUGUGGAGGUGAUGCAGCAGCCCUGUACCUGUGACUUCCUCACCGGCCCCGACACCACCAAGAGCUCCAUCGCACAGCUCACCCAGGCCCUGCUCGGCUCUGAGGAGUGCAAGCUUGAGAUCCUCUACUACCGCAAAGACACCUCCUGUUUCCGCUGCCUGGUGGAUGUGGUGCCGGUGAAGAACGAGGAAGGAGUCGUCAUCAUGUUCAUCCUCAACUUCGAGGACCUGGCGCAGCUCAUUGCCAAGAGCACCGGCCGCAGCCUGCACCAUCGCCUGUCACAGAGCUGGCACAGAGAGGCUUCCCACGUCAAACCCAACCCCCCGAACUCCACCUCGGACUCGGACCUCAUGAAGUACAGAACCAUCAGCCAGAUCCCCCAGUUCACGCUCAACUUCGUGGAGUUCAACCUGGAGAAGCAUCGCUCGGGCUCCACCACAGAGAUCGAGAUCAUUGCUCCCCACAAGGUGAUGGAGCGCACCCAGAACGUCACCGAGAAGGUCACACAGGUGCUGUCCCUGGGUGCUGAUGUCCUCCCCGAGUACAAGCUGCAGGCACCACGCAUCCACCGAUGGACCAUCCUGCACUACAGCCCCUUCAAGGCCGUGUGGGACUGGCUCAUCCUUCUGCUGGUCAUCUACACAGCCGUGUUCACACCGUACUCAGCUGCCUUCCUGCUCAAUGAGGAGCAAGUGGAGGAGAAGCACUGGGACUGCAGCUACUCCUGCGACCCGCUCAACAUCAUCGACCUCAUCGUGGACAUCAUGUUCAUCGUGGACAUCGUCAUCAACUUCCGUACCACCUACGUCAACAUCAAUGAUGAGGUGGUGAGCCAUCCCGGCAAGAUCGCCAUCCACUACUUCAAGGGAUGGUUCCUCAUUGACAUGGUUGCUGCCAUCCCCUUCGACCUGCUCAUCUUCCGCUCCGGCUCUGAUGAGACCACCACCCUCAUUGGCCUCCUGAAGACUGCCCGGUUGCUGCGCCUGGUCCGCGUGGCCCGCAAGCUGGACCGGUACUCCGAGUAUGGAGCAGCCGUGCUCUUCCUCCUCAUGUGCACCUUCGCCCUCAUCGCCCACUGGCUGGCCUGCAUCUGGUACGCCAUCGGCAACGUGGAGCGGCCCUACAUGGAGCACAAGAUCGGUUGGUUGGACAACCUGGGAGACCAGAUCGGCAAGCGCUACAAUGACAGCGACCUCUCCUCCGGGCCAUCCAUCAAGGAUAAAUACGUCACUGCUCUCUACUUCACCUUCAGCAGCCUCACCAGUGUGGGGUUUGGCAACGUCUCACCCAACACCAACUCUGAGAAGAUCUUCUCCAUCUGUGUGAUGCUCAUUGGCUCUCUGAUGUACGCCAGCAUCUUCGGCAACGUCUCCGCUAUCAUCCAGCGCUUGUACUCGGGCACAGCCCGUUACCACACACAGAUGCUGCGGGUUAAGGAGUUCAUCCGCUUCCAUCAGAUCCCCAACCCCCUGCGUCAGCGCCUGGAGGAGUAUUUCCAGCAUGCCUGGUCCUACACCAACGGCAUCGACAUGAAUGCGGUGCUGAAGGGCUUCCCUGACUGCCUGCAGGCAGACAUCUGCCUGCACCUCAACCGCACGCUGCUCCAGAACUGCAAAGCCUUCCGAGGAGCCAGCAAAGGCUGCCUGCGUGCCCUGGCCAUGAAGUUCAAGACAACCCAUGCACCGCCCGGGGACACCCUGGUGCACUAUGGAGACGUCCUCACCACGCUCUACUUCAUCUCCAGGGGCUCCAUCGAGAUCCUCCGGGAAGACAUCGUGGUGGCAAUCUUAGGGAAGAACGACAUCUUCGGAGAGCCCAUCAGCCUCUACGCCCGCCCAGGGAAGUCCAACGCUGACGUGAGGGCUCUGACCUACUGCGACUUGCACAAGAUCCAGAGGGAGGAUCUGCUGGAGGUCCUGGAUAUGUACCCAGCCUUCUCCGACAACUUCUGGAGCAACCUGGAGAUCACCUUCAACCUGCGAGAUGCAGACAGCGUUCCCCGCUCUCCGCUCAGUGAGGAGUACGACUGCACGUACCGGCGGAUGCGCCGGCGCAAGCACUCCCUGUGCCAGCCCAGCAAGCCUGACCCAGACACGGGCAUCUCUGAUGCAGAGCAGUAUCACACCUACUCAGAGCUCACCAACCUGCAGGACCCGCUGAGUAAGGACCACUGGGAUGAUGGGGGCAGCAGCACCACUCCCUGCUCCCAGACCAGCGAUGAUGAAGCCAAGACCGGCAGCCCUAGGAAAGCUGAGCCCUUCCCCACAUCCAAAAAGGAGGAUUUGGCUCUGCCCACACUCAGCCUCAUCACCACGGGCGCCGGCAGCACCGAGGUUGGAAAGCAGGCAGCAGAGAGCAGCCUGUCCUAUGCAGCCACCCCCAUGGACAUCCCCAACGUGUUCUCCUUCUGGGAGGACCAAAGGCCAAACCACCACCCGGAGCCAUUGCAACACAUCUCCUUGGUACACAGCUCGCAGGAUGUGCCCCUGCACAGUGACUACAGACCAGGACAGAUCGAGUCCAGGCUGGAGCUCCUGCAGGCUCAGCUCAGCAGGCUGGAGUCCAGGAUGUCAUCAGAUAUCAGUAUAAUCCUCCAGCUCCUGCAGCGCCAGCUCUCCCAAGUGCCGCCCGCAUACAGCCCCAUCUCGCCAUCAUCCCACAGCCUGGCCAUGUACAGCAUCCUCCCGCGGAGCCUGGAGCCUCUUGCCCCCCAUGCACCCCCAGAGGACCAGGAGCUGAGCACCCCAGAGCAGAGCCCAAGCUACGCGGAGGUAGAAAAGUUCCACUUGAAAUCCAAGGACUCCUGUCCGAGCGGGAUGCACCCGACUGCAGCAUCGGAUGGAAGCACGCUGGUCUGCUCCGAGCAGGAGCAUCAUUCCCCCCCUCUGCCCGUGCACCAAAGGGCACCAACCACACAGGGACUGUGCCGGGGCUCUCGUUUCCCUUCCCUUCCCGAGCACUUGGAGGCAUCUCCUGAGCAUCAGGACAUUCAGAGACACCGCUCCGACCCGGUGCUUCCUGGCAGUUAG